AUGAUGAUAUUUUUAAUUACAUGUACAUUUACUAUUUUUGGAAACCUUUUUCUGGUUUUCAAAGUGGCGAGGAGAAGACAGUUUGACAGAAAAAUCAAAGUUUUUGUAAUUUCCUUGGCUUUAGCUGACUUAUUCAUAGACAUAAUGUUUUCAACCUCCUCAAUUUUACAUUUCACGUGUAUGAACAUUGACCGAUUUGUAGCUGUUAGUAAACCUUUGAAAUAUUUCCAAAUAAUGAAUAGAAGACUGGUUACAUGCAUGGUAUUUCUUUGCUGGUUCAUAGCAUUUUCGAAUUCAGUGUUUGUACUUUACAUGAAUGCUAACAAAACCAUUUGCCGUCCACAUUACAAUCUUAGUGUGGAGGGGUCGGCAUCGUUAAUUGGAUCAGUGUUAGUAUUUUAUCUUCCUCUGAUGCUGAAUAUCAGUGGCAGCAUUAACAUCUAUCUGAGAGUUCGAACAAGAAGCCAGCAGCUGUGUCACUUGGCGGCAAACGAAGGACUUUUUCUUGAUCAUAAUCAGCAAAGAUCGGAAACUAGAGUUACUAAACAUUAA